AUUUGAAUGUGAAAAGCGCUCGCUCGCCCAGUCGCUGUCCAGUUGUUGUCCAGUAAAGUUGUUGUCCAGCAGCCGCAGUCGCAGCAGUCCGCAGCAGUCCGCAGCAGUUCGCAGCAGUCCGCAGCAGUCGCAGCAUCCCCAUAGUGAUGUAGAAACCGAGAGGCCGUUUAGACCGUGUGUGCAUGUGUAAAACUCUGAAAAUUUAAACAAAAAAAAAAAACAAACACAAGAAACAAACACAAAAUACAACGAACAAGGAUAGUGCACCGAAUGUGAUAAAUCGUAUGCCAAAGCCGAGAAAAUCUCUUUAAAUUAGCCAAGUGAAUUUACAUCAAACACGUUGCCUUGUAUUAAUCGCAAGAUCAGCCGACUUCUAGUGCCCGAAAACAGCGAAUUUAGAAAAGAAAAUUAAAAUGGAUUACCUCACAAUGUUCUACGACGGCUGGCGGGAUCUGAUGGACAACAAAUCGGAUCCGCGAACACGAGACUACCCGCUCAUGAGCUCGCCGUUCCCCACGAUAGCCAUCAGUCUGACAUACGCCUAUAUCGUGAAGGUACUCGGACCCAAGCUCAUGGAAAACAGAAAGCCUUUCGAGCUGCGCAAAGUCUUGAUUGUCUACAAUGCGGCGCAAGUUAUCUUCAGUGCCUGGCUCUUUUACGAGUCCUGCAUAGGCGGAUGGCUGAACGGCUAUAACUGGCGAUGCGAGCCCGUUAAUUAUUCAUACGCGCCGAAAGCGAUUCGUACCGCUGAGGGCUGCUGGUGGUACUACUUCUCCAAGUUCACCGAGUUCUUCGACACGUUCUUCUUCGUGAUGCGCAAGCGGUACGACCAGGUGUCCACGCUGCACGUGAUCCACCACGGAAUCAUGCCCGUGUCCGUCUGGUGGGGCGUCAAGUUCACUCCCGGUGGCCACUCGACCUUCUUCGGGUUCCUGAACACCUUCGUGCACAUCUUCAUGUACGCCUACUACAUGCUGGCCGCCAUGGGACCCAAGGUGCAGCGCUACCUGUGGUGGAAGAAGUACCUCACCGUGCUCCAGAUGAUCCAGUUCGUCCUCGUCAUGGUGCACUCCUUCCAGCUGUUCUUCAGGAACGACUGCAACUACCCGAUCGGAUUCGCCUACUUCAUCGGCGCCCACGCGGUGAUGUUCUACUUCCUCUUCUCCAACUUCUACAAGCGUGCCUAUGUGAAACGCGAUGGCAAGGACAAGCCGGCUGUGAAGGCGAACGGACAUGCCAACGGACAUGCCAACGGACAUGCCAACGGACACGUGAAGGCCCACAAGGACGGCGAGGUGGCGCCCGCCAAGAACGGCCAGGCCAACGGCUUCCACAACUCCUUCUCGAAGUUCACCACGGAGAUGUGCAAUCCGGCCCUGAACUCCGCGGCGAGACAGCGCGUGCUCGUGAACGCCGGCAACAAAUGAGCCCGCCAGCCAACCAGCCAGCAAGCCAGCCAGCCAAACAUGAAACACACAUAACAUAAAUUAAUUACGCUACCAAUUAAAUUACCGUACAUUUAAAUUACACGUAAGAAUAGGGAGUCCAAGCCUACAUCUAAGCCAAAUCGAAUUCGCAAUCAAGAUCAAUUAAAGACAAGGAAACAAAAACAUUAUUUCAUGGACAAUCCAUGGUGAUCGCACGUAAGGAUCACACACUGCUGGCAAACCGCUCUGUUUAUUAAUCAUUCCUCAAACAUAAGCACUAUAUACCCAUGAUCAGCCCCCAAACGCUUUCCACAUCCCGUCAUCCAUGUGCAUGUACAUAGAAAGUUCAUAGCUGCCGAGAAUCUUGGAGGCACUCGCGACGAGUGCGACAUUCAUCUAAUUUUAAUGCUAUAAAAUAUAAACUUGGGAUGGAGGCGAUGGUCCAUUGAGUGAGUCCAUCGCUCCUUCGCCAAGUUGAUCCGCUUUAAAUGUCUAUCGCUUUAUACUUUUGUAUUUUUGGUCAUGCAAGCGACCCUUUUUAAGCCGUGUAUAUUAUUUCUGUGGAUUGUUUUGAACAAAGAAAUGUGUUUUUAUUUUAUAAAUAAAUUCGAGAUUAAAACGUA